AUGCUAUGCACGCAAGACACUUCUCAGCUCCUUGGUCCGCCCCCUUCUCCCCCUUCUCCCCCCAUUCCCACUUUCCACCCGGAAAAUCUCUGUAACGCACAGGACGCGCGCAAGUCGAAGCUGUACGGCAAAUUUGGGAAGCAAAUCAUAUCCGCAGUCAAAGCAGCUGGUCCCAGCCCAGCCAGCAACUCGGCACUGGCAGCGCUGCUGGUGGCGGCAAAGCAAGGCGGAGUGCCAAAGGAUGUGAUUGAUCGGAACAUCAAACGAGCGACGGAGAAGGGGCAGGCGGAUUUCACUGAAAUUGUGUAUGAGAUCUACGGGCUCGGAGGAGUCGGCAUAGUGGUGGACGUGCUAACAGACAACAAUGCCCGGGCGGCAGCUACAGUGCGCGACGUGGUUCGCAAGGGCGGCGCCAAGAUGGCCGAUCCAGGCUCGGUGCUAUUUAACUUCAAGAGGCAGGGUGUGCUGCCAGUCCCAGCAGCCACAGCAGACCCGGACGAGGUGUUGGUGGUGGUGGAUGCAGGGGCUGACUGUAAUGGUGCUGCUGGUCUGCUGCUCGUGCUGCUGGUCUGCUGCUCGUGCUGCUGGUCUGCUGCUCGUGCUGCUGGUCUGCUGCUCGUGCUGCUGGUCUGCUGCUCGUGCUGCUGGUCUGCUGCUCGUGCUGCUGGUCUGCUGCUCGUGCUGCUGGUCUGCUGCUCGUGCUGCUGGUCUGCUGCUCGUGCUGCUGGUCUGCUGCUCGUGCUGCUGGUCUGCUGCUCGUGCUGCUGGUCUGCUGCUCGUGCUGCUGGUCUGCUGCUCGUGCUGCUGGUCUGCUGCUCGUGCUGCUGGUCUGCUGCUCGUGCUGCUGGUCUGCUGCUCGUGCUGCUGGUCUGCUGCUCGUGCUGCUGGUCUGCUGCUCGUGCUGCUGGUCUGCUGCUCGUGCUGCUGGUCUGCUGCUCGUGCUGCUGGUCUGCUGCUCGUGCUGCUGGUCUGCUGCUCGUGCUGCUGGUCUGCUGCUCGUGCUGCUGGUCUGCUGCUCGUGCUGCUGGUCUGCUGCUCGUGCUGCUGGUCUGCUGCUCGUGCUGCUGGUCUGCUGCUCGUGCUGCUGGUCUGCUGCUCGUGCUGCUGGUCUGCUGCUCGUGCUGCUGGUCUGCUGCUCGUGCUGCUGGUCUGCUGCUCGUGCUGCUGGUCUGCUGCUCGUGCUGCUGGUCUGCUGCUCGUGCUGCUGGUCUGCUGCUCGUGCUGCUGGUCUGCUGCUCGUGCUGCUGGUCUGCUGCUCGUGCUGCUGGUCUGCUGCUCGUGCUGCUGGUCUGCUGCUCGUGCUGCUGGUCUGCUGCUCGUGCUGCUGGUCUGCUGCUCGUGCUGCUGGUCUGCUGCUCGUGCUGCUGGUCUGCUGCUCGUGCUGCUGGUCUGCUGCUCGUGCUGCUGGUCUGCUGCUCGUGCUGCUGGUCUGCUGCUCGUGCUGCUGGUCUGCUGCUCGUGCUGCUGGUCUGCUGCUCGUGCUGCUGGUCUGCUGCUCGUGCUGCUGGUCUGCUGCUCGUGCUGCUGGUCUGCUGCUCGUGCUGCUGGUCUGCUGCUCGUGCUGCUGGUCUGCUGCUCGUGCUGCUGGUCUGCUGCUCGUGCUGCUGGUCUGCUGCUCGUGCUGCUGGUCUGCUGCUCGUGCUGCUGGUCUGCUGCUCGUGCUGCUGGUCUGCUGCUCGUGCUGCUGGUCUGCUGCUCGUGCUGCUGGUCUGCUGCUCGUGCUGCUGGCAAGGCGUGCUGGCUGUCCCAGCAGCCAUGGCAGAUCCAGACGAGGUGCUGGUGGUGGCGGUGGAUGCAGGGGCUGAUGCUUAUGAUGCGGGUGCUGAUUCCUCUCUUCAUUCCUUUCAUAUCCCUCUUCUCCCCCCCUCCUACAGGCAGGGUGUGCUGGCUGUGCCAGCAGCCACGGCAGACCCAGACAAGGGUGUGCUGGCUGUGCCAGCAGCCACGGCAGACCCAGACAAGGGUGUGCUGGCUGUGCCAGCAGCCACGGCAGACCCGGACGAGGUGUUGGUGGUGGCGGUGGAUGCAGGUGCUGAUGACGUCAUCAACCCUGGGGAGGACAUUGCAGGGGGAGGAGGCGGAGGGCAUGCGGAGGAGGGCGAGGAGGAGGAGCAGUUCUUCCGGGUGCUCACGCCAGCAGAGUCCUUUGCAUCAGUGCGAGCAGAGCUGCAGGAGUAUGGGCUGACAGUGGAUGCAGAGCACUCAGGCCUCAUGUUCAUUCCCACCGCCACCAUGCAGGUACGUCUAGCACCAUGCAGGGGGGUCUGGGGCAUUGUGGGUGGGUACGGCUGGCAACCGCAGGGGCAGGGGCUGGUGGAUGCGGAGCACUCAGGCCUCAUGUUCAUUCCCACCACCACCAUGCAGGUACGGCUGGGGUAG